AUGGCUACAGCUGAGUCUUCCUUCCGCGGAACGGCGCGGAUAAACCUAGAGAGUCUAGAGUUCAACUCCCUGCGGCGUGUGCUAGAUGUCAGCAAUGUUAAAAGAUUAGUGGGAGUCUUUCAAGAGCUUGGCUGCGACAGCCUCGAUCCCCAGAAUCGUAUUCCUGGACUACUUAGUCAACAAGACCUAGACGAAGCAUUGGUUUCGUCAGGUGAAUCGGCCACAGCACUCUUUCAGAAACCAUUUCCCAUGCUCAAACUUCCACCCAAUAAGAGGGCCCCUUUUCUCUCUCUGCUCUGCUACUGGGCUCUCAACACUCGCAUAGGAAUCACCAAAGAGCUUGAAGAUAGCUUUCGAGCGGAGUAUAUCAACUCACACGACCGUUGUAACGGUGAAAAGUACUUGCAGAUUCGCCACUACUAG